AUGGACACUGGUGUAUCAAAUUCUUUUGUGGCUGCCUCUUUUGUUGAAAAAUUGAAUAGAAUGCCUGAACCUAUGCAUAGUGUCUGUGGGAUGUCGUUGCCUUCAAGGGAAGAUAUGUUGGUGUGGUCAUGGGUAAGAGUCAUGCCAGUUUGGGUAGAGGGACGAGAAUUGACAGUAGACCUAUUGAUUUUGGACCUACACGAAUAUGAUGUAAUAUUAGGGAUGGACUGGUUAUCUAAGUAUGGUGCCAUAGUGAACUAUAAGAAGAGGAGAGUGGUUUUCAAAGCGAUAGGAGAAGUGUCGUUUACGUUCCAAGGCGCAGCAAGGGAAAAGAAAUUCGCGAUGAUCUCCGCCAUCACGAAUAUGAUAUAUCCUGAAGUAUUUCCUGAUGACCUUCCUGGCCUACUGCCGGAGCGAGAAGUGGUGUUCGAUUUAGAUAUUAUUCCAGGGAUGGUGCCCAUUUCGAAAGCUCCAAACCAGAUGGCACUAGCAGAAUUGAAGGAGCUGCAGGCUCAACUGUAG